AGACACAGCCUGCCAUCAGCAUCCAUUCCGCCUCCCAUCGCCCUUGUAUUGCGUCGCAAACGGGGAAAACAGGCCAGCGAAGAAGAAAGACGACACAAACCAAGAAACGCCUUGGCUUGUUUUCAGGCCCAGUGCAGCACCAGUACCCUCAUCAUCCCCUCACCAGAGCAGCAUGACUAAAGAGGAGAGUGGGGAGGUGGAGGAGGCCCAGCCCUCCCAGCCUGCCUCAGCCAUCACCAGCCCCGUGCACGAGCCGCGCAAGAGACCCAUGGUGCACCCCUCCGCACAGGCACCGCUCCCCAAAGACUACGCGUUCACAUUCUUCGACCCCAAUGACCCGGCGUGCCUGGAGAUCCUGAUGGACCCGCGGACCACCAUCCCCGAGCUCUUCGCCAUCGUACGCCAGUGGGUGCCCCAGGUGCAGCACAAGAUCGACAUCAUCGGCAACGAGAUUCUGAAGCGUGGUUGCCAUGUGAACGAUCGGGAUGGACUGACGGACAUGACCCUGCUACACUACAGCUGCAAGGCCGGAGCUCAUGGAGUUGGUGACCCUGCGUCGGCGCUGCGCCUGGUGAGUCAGCUGAUGUCGCUGGGUGCGGACGUGAGCCUCCGGAGCCGCUGGACCAACAUGAACGCCCUGCACUACGCCGCCUACUUCGACGUGCCCGAGCUCAUACGCGUACUGCUGAAGGCCGCCAAGCCCAGAGUGUUGAACUCGACCUGCAGUGAUUUCCACUACGGCACAGCUCUGCACAUCGCGGCCUCCAAUCUGUGCCUGGGAGCUGUCAAGUGUCUUCUGGAGCAUGGAGCCAACCCCUCUGUCAGGAAUGAGAAAGGUCAGGGCCCGGCGGAUGUGGUCCCUGACCCGAUGGACAUGAGCCUGGACAAGGCGGAGGCGGCCAUGGUUGCCAAGGACCUCAAGCAGAUCCUCCUGGACGCAGUGCCCCUCAGCUGCAACCUGCCCCGCGCCACCCUGCCAAACUACGAUAACAUACCUGGCAACCUCAUGCUCUCAUCGCUGGGGUUGAAACUGGGCGACCGUGUCAUACUCGAUGAUUUGAAGCGUCGAGCUGUAGACACUUCAAAGAACAACGGAGGCAGCAAAGACAAUGGUUCCCAAAAGACAAAUGACAGUGAAAGUGACGUCACCGACCCACCACCACUGAUAAAGCAGACUGGCACACUGCGCUUCUGCGGCACCACGGAGUUCGCCAGCGGACAGUGGGUGGGCGUGGAGCUGGACGAAGCGGAGGGCAAGAACGACGGCAGCGUGGGAGGGGUGCGCUACUUCAUAUGCCCCCCCAAGAUGGGACUGUUUGCCCCCGUCUCCAAGGUGACCAAGCUGGUGGACCAGACCCCCUCCUCCGUCACCUCCACCCCCAAGACCCCACGCAUGGACUUCUCCCGCGUCACCGGCAAGAUGAAGAAAGACAAGAAGGAGAAGGAGAAAGAGAGAGAGAGGGAGAAAGCCCUGAGGAAGAAGUCUCUCUCCAUGGCCAGUCUGGACCCUGACGGUGUGAAGGUGGAGCUGGGGGACCAGGUGCUGGUGGCUGGACAAAAGAAGGGCAUCGUCCGCUUCUACGGCAAGACAGACUUCGCCCCAGGUUACUGGUUCGGUGUGGAGUUGGAGCAGCCCACAGGGAAGCAUGACGGCUCUGUGUUCGGGGUGCGCUACUUCAACUGCCUGCCCAAAUACGGCGUCUUCGCUCCACCAUCCCGCGUCCAGAGAAUUGGGGGACCAACGGAGGGGGACGGCACACUGGUGAAGAAGGUUCAUCAGGUGACAAUGUCCCAGCCAAAACGCCACUUCAAUGCGGUCAGGUCUCCCAAAGACAUCACAUCUGAGAGCUCCAUAUCACGGUUGCUUUUUUGCUGCUGGUUUCCCUGGAUGCUCCGUGCAGAGAUGCAAUCUUAAACCAUCACUUUCUUCUUCUUCUUCUUCUUCUUAAUCCAUCUGUUCAUUCCUCUCCUCCUUUUUCUCAUUUCCAACUCCAUCGGUCGCAGUCAUCUCUCUCUCUCUCUCUCUCUCUCUCUCUCUCUCUCUCUCUCUCUCUCUGUCUCUCUCUCUCUCUCCAUCUAUCGAGCUAUCUGUCAGUCUCUUCCCCCUCUUUCCUCUAAAGCUAUAUAGAUCUAUUAUAGAGUCUGAACUUCUUUGAUUUCUAUGUCUUUCUAAAAUCCAAUCAAACGACGAUUAAUAUACAGUAACAACAGUGUUUUGUCCCCUUCCCCCAAACCCUGCUCCUAAACUGCAAUCCAAUAGCAAAAACUAGUGCCUUGUAUAUUACCGUAACUAACAUCCUGCAUUCCGUUUGUUUAACUAAUAAAAAAGACAAACCCAAUACACAAACAAAUACAAUACUUCAAUCUAGACUUGAACAAUGCAAAUAAGACAAGAAAAGAACAUAAGAAAAUAAGACAAAAAAAGAUUUAAAAAAAAAUAAGAACCUUACAAAAGCCAUUUCUGAUAAAGUAACAACAUCGGGUACUCUUAAAAGCUUCUGAUCAUAGACUUGGUCUGCAAUGCUGGGCUUGACUGAAGCGCUGUUUUAGUAGUUGCCAAAAAAUAACACCAAGGAACUUAGACUAUCGAAAUAUUGCGACAACCAACUGGGUCUUCAGAGAGAGCAUCCUCAAUUAAACUAGCCUUGGCUCACCAUCUCUCUCUCUCUCUCUCUCUCUCUCUCUCUCUCU